UAAACCGGGCUGCAGCGGCCGCGGCUCUCCCCAGCUUGCGGUACAGCCGCACCGACUCUCAGCCGACUCCCGGUAGCGCCCUCCCGCGCCGGCGGCGGCAUGUCCAGCGGCGGGCGGCUCGCGGGCCGGGUGUGCCUGGUGACCGGCGCCUCGCGGGGCCUAGGGAAGGGGAUCGCGCUGCAGCUGUCGGAGGCGGGCGCCACCGUGUACAUCACGGCCCGGCAGCGGGAGCCGCUGCUUCGGGCGGCGGAGGAGGUGUCGGCCCGGGGCGGGCGCUGCGUGCCUGUGGUGUGCGACUCGUCGCGGGAGGAGGAGGUGGCGGCGCUGUUCGAGCGGCUGCAGCAGGCGGAGGGCGGGCGACUGGACGUGCUGGUGACCAACGCCUUCUCCGGGGUCGAUGCCAUCGGCGCCCAGCAGGGGCUGCCCUUCUGGGAGAGCCCGGCUGCCUUCUGGGACCAGAUCAACAAUGCAGGCCUGCGGGGCCACUACAUCUGUGCCCGUUAUGCUGCCCGCCUCAUGGUGCCAGCCGGGCACGGCCUCAUCGUCAUCAUCUCCUCGCCUGGCGGUCUGCGCUACAUGUUCAACGUGCCCUAUGGCGUGGGCAAGGCUGCCUGUGACCGCCUGGCUGCCGACUGUGCCAUCGAGCUGCGCCCCUACAGUGUGGCCUGCGUGGCACUGUGGCCUGGCCUCGUCCGCACUGAGGCGGUGCUGAGGGAAGCGGAGGGCUCAGGCCCGUGGUAUGUGCAUCUGCAGAAGAUGAUUGGCAAUUCGGAGAGCCCCGAAGUGAGCGGCAAGUGCAUAGUGGGCCUGGCGUGCGAUCCCGCCAUCAUGUGCCUCAGUGGCAAGGUGCUGCUCACCCCAGACCUCGCCUGCCGCUACCGCUUCCGUGAUGUGGAUGGGAAACCCGUCUACAACUACGUAUCAGUGCGCAAUAUUCUCAUGAUGCUGAUGCCAGGGCUGACCUGCCUCUUCCGUCUCAUCCCAGAGUGCGUCAGCAUACCCAAAUGGGCUCUCGCACUUUACUCCAGCAAAUUCAGUGUCUACCCACCCCUGCAGCCAGCCCUCAAACCUGGAAAAAAUGUUUGAUAAAUUCAUAAUAAAAAAUGUGCCCAUGAUGGUUUUUAAUUUUCUGUUUCUUCAUUGCUUUCUGAAAAUAUGUGUUGGUGUUGAAACUUUCCCCCUGGUGCCCAGGGAGUCUUCAAAAAUCCUCAAAGCUGGCUUUCCCCAGAGCUUAUUCCUUUUUGGUGAGGGACACUCCCUGAUUUGGAUAUUCAUUUUAAGGUGGUAUUUAUAAUCUCUCCCUCUGGGGAUGAAGGGUUUGGUUGAGUGUUUCAGUGAGCCUUUGAAAUCGUCUUUGAAGUUUUGCAAUAAUUCCUGCCUUCGUUUGCCCCUCAUGGCCAAAGAGCAGCUAUUCAUGCUAGUUCCCCAUAAUGUAAAGACUAUAGAACUUUUAUUUAGUGUACAACCGCUUAUCAAUGUCCUGGAAAAUUUUAAAUUCAGAUUUAAUCCUUUGCUGUAUAAGAGUUUUUCAUUAGAAUGCUUUGGAUACCCAUAGAUUUUGGAACAAAUUUAUCAGCUGUAACACAUGUAGUUCCAGGACAUCUUUGUUUAUCAGAAGAGUUCUUACAGUACAUAAUAAAAUGGAUUAUGUCCUGGUUUCAGUA